AUGGUGAAGAAGCAACAGUCCAGCCCCGUUUCAUUCGACGCGAUCAUUCAAUCUGAUCGCCAGAAGAAGCAGAAUGAACUGCUAGCAAGUCAGAUUUUGGGCAAGAACAGAAACCAGAAGGGCCGCCGAGCAAGCGCGCCGGGGCCGGGCGCAGUAAGCAAAGUACCGAACGCGAAGCCGGGGAGCUUGGCCAGUCGGAUCGCGGCACCUCAGCGCUCUGCAUCAGCCUCCGUCCGACCCAACCUGACCAACAAGGUCACCAAGCCCAAACCAGCCCCCGCCACAGUCGCAUCCGCGCGGAAAUCUACCAAGUCUACAAGCCAACAUCGCCCGAAUGCCGAGCGUCUUUUGGCUGCCCUUGAGUCGGGAAAUACCCAAGCUACAAUUCGAAAAGCGAGUGGCGGGAUGUCCAUCAAAGGCGCCUCUGGCCCCUUCGUGGUUAUCGGAGCCAACUUUGCCCCCGGGACGACCGCUGCGGAUAUCCAGUCCGCAAUUGAGCCAUUGGCAGGUCCCAUGCUGAGCUGCAAAGUCACCUCACACCGCCCGAUUGUCACGGCGGAGUUUGUCUUUGCAGACAAAUGGUGCGCCGAAAACGUCGUCACCAACUUCCACAACCAAAGAGCCGAUGGGAGACUUUUGUCUAUGAAGCUGCAGCCCGCCGGAACCCAACCAACCAACAAAAGUAACCCUUUCAACGAGCUUCGAGAGCAAGCGGACCACGAACGACGGAAUCGUCGCGCGGAACCGACGUUACAGGAUGGCAGAUACGGUUUCGGUGAACAAGGCGAUCCUCUCAACCCCAAAUCAGGGCUGUACAGUGACGAGAUGAUAGUGGAUGCUCCGCAGCAGAAGAACCAGAAUCGCCGAAGGCCUCGACGGUAA